UAACCGUUAAUAGUAUUUAUUGGCCGCCGACCACUUGCAAGUCAGCCACACCUGGAUUUGUUCUGAGGCAGCACACAUAGAACCAUGAUGCUUAAGUGCUUCACCUUCCUGCUACUCGUGGCUGCGGCCCAAGCUCUGACCUACGUCAUCAAGGAAGAGCCCAAGGCAAGCGAAACUGGUGCCCGUGCCAGUACUAUACCAGCUCCGACUUUGGAACAUCUUAACACGUUUCUGGAGCCUUUCAUGGGCACCGCCAUUACAUGGAGCCCCGGCGAGGGAUCCAAUAAUAUUCUUGGGUACAAGGUGACGUCAUGGAUACAAACCGGUUCCAACAACAUGUUCUCCCGGUACCAAGACGUGUACGCGUACGGACCCGGCCAGACCAUGGCGGUGGUCGCGCCCCUGUACAAGUACACCUGGUUCCGUUUCGUGGUACAGGCCUUCAAUAGCGAGGGGUACAGCGUGGAGUCCAACGCCUGGCGGGCAAUCAUCAUUUAAGAAGAAAGAUACAGAAUAAAGA